GUUACGUCUCUUCUCGGAUCUCACAAAAAUCAUAAAAACCCAAACCCAAAAAAUCCCUACCUCCCCGAUCGCACGGACAAAUCCGCUCGCCGAUCUCUCCUUCUCUCCGAUUUUCCGGAUUCACAAGAAGGGAAUUAAUUAAUUAAUUAAUCAUGGCGGCAUCGGAAGAGAACAGUGCAUUGUUUCCAAUUUUUAUCUUAACGAUAAUGGCAAUACCUUUAGUGCCAUACACGGUUAUGAAGCUAUGCCGAGCCGCCUCGAAGAAGAGUAAGAGUAUUCACUGUAACUGCUCUGAGUGUGUGCGGUCUGGCAAGUAUCGGAAAUCUAUAUUUAAAAGGAUUUCGAACUUUUCGACCUACAGUAACUUGACGUUGAUAUUGCUUUGGGCUGUAAUGAUAUUUUUGGUUUAUUACAUUAAGAAUAUGAGUCGUGAGAUUCAAGUUUUCGAUCCAUAUGCUAUUCUGGGACUGGAGCCUGGUGCUUUGGAUUCGGAAAUAAAGAAGAAUUAUAGGAGACUUUCUAUUCAGUACCAUCCUGAUAAAAAUCCUGAUCCAGAGGCCAACAAGUAUUUUGUAGAGUUCAUUACGAAAGCUUAUCAAGCUUUGACUGAUCCAAUAUCACGUGAGAAUUAUGAGAAAUAUGGUCAUCCUGAUGGUAGACAGGGUUUCCAAAUGGGCAUAGCUCUUCCUCAAUUUUUGCUUGAUAUUGAUGGGGCAUCUGGCGGAAUACUUCUACUUUGGAUUGUUGGGAUAUGUAUUCUCUUGCCAUUGGUUAUAGCUGUAAUAUAUCUUUCAAGGUCGGCCAAAUAUACUGGAAAUUAUGUCAUGCACCAAACUCUAUCUGCAUAUUAUUACUUCAUGAAACCGUCUUUGGCCCCAAGCAAAGUAAUGGAAGUCUUCAUUAAGGCUGCUGAAUAUAUGGAAUCUCCAAUUCGGAGGACUGACAAUGAACCACUUCAGAAGCUGUUUAUAUCUGUCAGGAGUGAAUUGAAUCUGGACCUCAAGAACAUUAAGCAAGAGCAGGCUAAGUUUUGGAAGCAGCAUCCUGCAUUAGUUAAGACAGAGCUGUUAAUUCAGGCUCAGUUAACACGCAAAUCAGCAGACUUGCCACCAACUUUGUUGGGAGAUUUCAGACGCGUUCUAGAACUUGCACCUCGUCUUCUUGAAGAAUUGAUGAAGAUGGCAGUCAUACCACGCACCUCUCAGGGACUUGGAUGGCUGAGACCUGCAACUGGGGUUGUUGAGCUCUCUCAAUGCAUUAUUCAGGCUGUUCCUCUCAGUGCGAGGAAGGCAACAGGUGGAUCCACUGAAUGUGCACCCUUUUUGCAGCUGCCUCAUUUUAGUGAGUCUGUUAUCAAGAAGAUAGCACGCAAGAAGGUGAGAACAUUUGAGGAUUUCCGUGACAUGACUCUCCAAGAACGUGCAGAGUUGCUUGAGCAAGUAGCUGGAUUUUCCUCUGAUAAAGUAAAAGAUGUUGAGAUGGUAUUGGGAAUGAUGCCUUCUGUAACAGUCGAGGUUAGAUGUGAGACUGAAGGUGAAGAGGGCAUACAAGAGGGUGACAUUGUUACCAUACAAGCUUGGAUAACACUCAAACGUGCUAAUGGUCUAGUGGGUGCACUUCCCCAUGCACCCAACUUCCCAUUUCACAAGGAAGAAAAUUUCUGGUUUCUGCUCGCUGACUCCGUCUCAAAUAAUGUUUGGUUUUCCCAGAAGGUAAAUUUUAUGGAUGAAGCUUCAGCUAUAAUUGCUGCUUCCAAGGCAAUUGAAGAUACAAUGGAGGGUUCAGGAGCUAGUGUUAAAGAGACUAGUGCAGCAGUUAGAGAAGCAGCUCAGAAGGUGCGGAGUGGCUCUAGGUUAGUGAUGGGCAAGUUCCCUGCCCCAGCAGAGGGGAACUACAAUUUGACAUGUUACUGCUUGUGCGACUCCUGGAUUGGCUGUGACAUGAAGACGAAUUUGAAGGUCAAAAUUCUGAAACGAACACGGGCUGGGUCUCGGGGUGGUUUGGUAACUGAAGAGGGACCCAAUGCGGAAGAUGGAAUUGAAGAGGAAGAGGAGGAUGAAGAAGAAUAUGAUGAUGAUUAUGAGAGUGAGUACAGUGAAGAUGAGGAAGACAAAAAGGAUACGAAGAAGAAGGGCCCUGCUGCCAAUGGCAAAGUGCAUAAAAAAGACUCGAGCUCAGAAGGUUCAGGUUCAGAUGAGGAAUGAAAUAUGCUGUUUUGAUUGUCAACGAAUAGAAUUAACCAUUUUUUCUCUUAUAAAUUAUAUCGUGGAAUAACUUGAGCAACUACGGUAGUGAUGGUAUCUGUUUCUCUUCUAGCUUGGCGACAGAAUGCUUCCAUAUUUUUGAUACCACACACUGAGUUACAGACUGAUUUUAGCCCAUUUUAGUUUCUACUUCCAUUUUAGUUUCAUCGGUCAUCAUAUUUUGUGCUUGUAUGGAAAAACAAUAUCUGGGCGGAGGACGUCAUUGCAUGUGACAAUUAGAGGUGGUAAUUUCUAGCUGGUUGCUCAACUCCACUUUGGGAA